AUGGGAAAAGGAAUGAACGAUUAUAGUUGGGAUACAUGGAGCAGCUGGUCUAGUUGUGAGUCCAGUCUUUGGGGUUCGUGUUCCGGAACGCAAAAUCGGAGCCGUUCCUGCUACUGGAACUCUACAAAUAGUCCCCCGAAUGAAACAUGUGUAGGCGAUUGUGUGCUUCAAAAAAGCAGUUCUUGCUUCUGUACGCCUUUUGAUGCAAGUGCUGUUCAGCCGGACAGUAUGUGUGGUGAUGGAGUCACUACUUAUGCGGAGGAAACAGUUCCGUGUCCUUUAAAAGUGGAUGGUGGAUGGUCAGCUUGGGUCAACAGCUCGUGCAGUGUCACGUGCGGUCGUGGUCAGUUCCAGAUGCGACGUGUGUGUGAUAAUCCGAGCCCGUGUAAUGGAGGAAAUAGCUGUGGCGGAAACAGUACCAUAACACUUCCUUGUCAACAACCGACUGUCGAUGGAGGUUGGUCAGAUUGGGGUAACUGGUCUAGUUGCUCUGUGUCCAUUGGAACGGGAACCAAAACAAGAGAAAGAAUGUGUGACGACCCGCCAACUUGUGAAGGAAUAUAUUGUAUCGGGGAGAGCAACCAGACCGCGGAGUGUGAGGUACUGCCAGCUUGCUUCAGUAACAACGUACUGGAUCCGCUUUACUCCUCCUUAGAAACGCCCAUGUCUAUCUAUAUUGCCGCUAGCUUUGAGAUCUAUUCUAUAGUACAGGUCUUCCAAACCAGCUUUUGUAAAAGACAAAAUAUACAUCCAUAUUACAUGUGGAAUGUAUUUCAUAUACCUACUAUAACAAGCAACGCAACACAUAUUCUCUCUGUCACUGAGCCUAGUCUUCCAUUCGAUGCAUCAGAAUUGGGAUUCUACAAGGUGGUCCUGAGAGUUUACUAUCACGGAGGGUCUCAAAUAUGGCUGGAAGAUGAACUGUUCAUCAGUGUAUCAUACCCUCCCCCUUAUGCAGCAAUCGUAGGCGGGUCUGUUCGUAUGCUUGGUGAAGGCACCCACACCAUUGAUGGACUCACCCUCUCCUACGACAUGAGUAAAGGCCCUGGAUUUACGUCCACUUUGGAAAUCUCAUGGGCAUGUACUCCACUCGCGAUCGACUCAAUUUACGACAUGCUCAACGUCGAUAUCAACGAAGAAAUAUUGUUCCCGGAUGAUAUGUCACAACAAUCCUGGUCAAAUCAUACUUUUGUCGUAAAUCGAAUUGAUAAUCUGGUACUUGCUGUGAAGAAUCUGACAUUCAUCACCUAUUUCAAUAGCAAUCCUCCGAAAGAGGAUUUCUGUAACAUGACCACAAACCCAAAUUUCACCGAUGAAUUCAUUCUUUUUGACAGUCAGAUCACUCGUUUUGGUUACAUGUACGCAGAUCUAAUAAAUUUGAUUGAAAUCAUUGACACAAAAGUUGAAUAUUAUCAAAAAUUCCUUACUUUCGGUGAUUACUCUGUUUCAUCUUCUGUUUCGACAAUUAAAACUGAUGUCCAAAACUGGCUGAGUGCCGUCCAGUCUGAAAAGACACAUCUGACAAGUCUAAGAAACAUCAUUAAUAGAAUAGCCAUCCUCAUCCCGGAGCGGCAAGGGGCUGAUUACUAUUAUAUUUGUGGAAAACGUAGUUCUGACUACACCUCAUUAGUGGGAUAUCUUGUCGAUGCACCAGUACAGAUCAGUGCCAUGGCCCUCACAGAUUGGAAUGCCCUGGCAUCAGAAGACGAGUUGCUAAGAAACAUCACAGAUACCUACAUUCAACAACAGUUCUGUUCAAACUUCAUGGAAAAGUCAGAUGGAAAUGCCAGACUGGUUAUCAGCGCUGGAAAUGUCGUAGAUUCUUUAGGGUUUCUCAUCACAAUGAGAGUCAGUGCCAACGAUUCUUUUAGCUACUUUCAGCAACGAGUCCAAUCUGUUCCAGGAAAUCCCCCGGCUAUUGACAUCAGCUGCCGUCUAAACUGUUUACCAAAGACAGCUAGCAGUUCCAUCCUCUCUCUGCGUGCAAAUUGUUUCUCUUGUACCUACAAUGAACUGACUACCAUCAGUUAUGCAUGGAACGUGUUCCAGUUUGACACCGUUACCAAAACUAAAUCGGAUCUCCUUGAUUGGCAGAAUGGAUUGCAGAGUGAACUGAACUCUCCUGCGUUCGUGCUCAGUAAGUACAUUCUGUUACCAGAUAGUAGUUUCAUCGUGGAGCUGAAUACCACACUGUUCGGGAACUCUUCAAGUCUAACUCUUGUUUUGAUCGAGACAAAUAUACCACCGUACGAUGGCAAAUAUGAAGUUUCGCCUUCGAGUGGUAAAGCUGGAGUAACACAGUUUAACAUCAAUUUUAAAAACUGGAAAGAUGAGGGAUACCGCAAAAAUAGAAAUUUAAAUCUGGAUUGGAAGGAAUCAUUUUUCUACAGAGUUUUUGCCAGGAAGGGAUCAGAGGAACCAACACUUCUCUAUCAUGGUGCUGAACGAAAAGUGGGUGUUUAUUUACCAGAGGGAAACUCAACCAAUCUUUAUAUCCUUGAUCUUCUGUUGAGAAUUUAUGACAUCUUCGGAGAUUUCACCGAAGAAACUGUUCUUGUUAGAUCCUCUCCACCCAUCAAUGAUAUGUCUGUGAGUGAGGUAUCAUCGUUUGUUGAAACUGUAGAUGAAAAUAUAGAUUCAGCUAUUGGAUCAGGAAAUCUCAAACUUGUCACCAUGUCCGUAGAGAAUGCAGCUUCUACCAUCAAUGCUUUGGAUUUUCCAACCACCAGUGUACCAGAGGAUACUGGCAGUCUUGUUGUCAUGUCUGCAACAGAGGAGAGCAACACAAGCUUCACCUGGGAUAGGCUUUGGGCUGACUACAUUGAUCCACCAUUCAACUCGGCCCAUGAAAACUUGUCUAUUGUGACGGAACAGUACUCCUAUAUCUUACACAAUACUACGUUAGCUGAACAGGGGUCUGGUAUGGUUACGGUGAAACACCUGGCACAAGGUAUCGGCUCUGUCAUUAUGGAUCCUUCACUAAUCGAUGAAGGAAUUGUGAAUACGGCUGUCACUACAAACGACCUGAUACUAACAAUGUUUCAAAACACCACUGUUGGAGAUAUAUAUCCACUCUUUGCUGACUAUGAAACAACAUCUGAGUCGAUUUUGCGUGUCGCAGACAACGCUUUGAAAAGUGUAAUCACAACUAGAACCCCAAACAACCCGACCAGUACAGACCUAUACGAUAUACAACAGACCAUUGUAGCCAACAAUGACUUUGUAAACUCUAACCAAGACAGCACAGAGGAUAUGACGGAAAUGGAACGCUCUUUCUUUGUCUCUCAAAUCUCCAAGUCACAGGCUUUGAAGAAAAACGAAACUGAUGAAAAGGCUCAGCAAUUUGUACCCAGCAUCCUGGCAUCACUGUCAUCACUGGGAAAAGUGUUGAAAGGAAUGGUAAAUAUGAAACAACUCCCUGUGUUUGUCAACAGACCAGGAUUAAGUACCAGCAUGACAGCACUGACGUUACCCGAACUGACGACAACUCCACUAGUAAGGAACAACAUCACUAUGGAGUUCGCAGAAACAGACGACCAGAGUGUGGACAGCAAAGACAUACAGAUCACCGUGUUUGACAAGAAUCCCUUCACCUGGGAUCCUGAAGCUCAAUAUAUUACCUCGAAUGUACUGUCUGUUUCCGUCAAGGACAGCAACGAGGAAGAGGUCAAUAUAUCGGUCAAGGUCAAAUUCCCAAACAAAGGAGACAAUAAUCCAAAAACUGUGUAUCUAGCUUUUCCUGCAGACACGAAUGAAAGUUCGUCUCAAUUUUUCAGCUACAAGUUUUUCUGGCAGUUUCCUGGCGAUGAUAUGGUGUUGAGAGUAGAUGGUAUCACACACGGGAUGAAGUUUGUUAUGUACUUGAAAGGCGGCAGUGGAGCCACACGCUCUGCAUAUGAUUGGCGGCAUGAAGUACCAGAUAGUGAUUUGAAUGAUGGAUUUUUCAUGGUUGUUGUUCCUGGAGGCAUGUUCAGUCAGCAGGUCACAGCCUAUAUCACAAUCACAGUGGACACAGUUCCAGAUGGGAGUGUAUCCAGAACUCGUCGUAGUGCUGGUAACAACACUACAUCAUCAGGCAAUAUUACUAUUCCAGCUACGCGGGUGUUACCAUAUAACAUGGUCAUGUCUACUGCUGGAUGUCGAGUCUGGAACAAAGAGGAAGCCAAGUGGGACAAAACAUCAUGUAAGAUGUCAACUGAGUCAACCGCCUCAGAGACAGUAUGUAUCUGUAAAGAUCCACCGGGGCAAUACUUUGCCAACACAUUUUAUGUACCGCCAAACUCCAUCGACUUUAACUCCGUUUUUGGAAAGUUUGAUAUUGUCAGUAAUGGAGCUGUACUGGGAACUCUCGUUGGAGUCAUUGUGUUAUACGUCUUGGUGGCCGUGUGGGCAUGGAGACGGGAUCGCCAUGACCAUGAAACAUGGGCGCUAUCAUAUCUGUCAGAUAACCAGAUAAACGACAAUUACUUGUAUCUUGUCACCAUCCAUACGGGGUUGGCGCGGAAUGCUGGGACAGUGUCACGUGUCUUUAUGGCAGUCACAAGUAGUCGACGGAGUACUGGCAUCCGGACACUUGACGAUGGCAAAAGCAAAGGAUUUGGUACAGGAAGUGUGCAGAAGUUUAUUAUGUGUGUACCGAGAUGCCUGGGAAGUCUUACUUGCCUUGAUAUUUGGCAUGACAACAGUGGGAAAGGAAAUGCUGCCUCAUGGCUUCUCAGCAAAGUGGAGAUCAUGGACCUACAGUCAACAGAAAGAUUUACCUUCAUUUGUAAUCGUUGGUUAUCCCUAGAUGAAGAAGAUGGAGUGACACAGUGUGCAGUGCCGGUGUCUGGAAGAGAAGACCUUGACUCCUUUGGUUAUCGUUUUCGGGACAACUCCAGAAAUUACAACAGAUGGACACCUGUGGCUCUCCAUUUUCAUCCGUCCUGA